CUCGAUAUCACGUGCCAAGUACUUUGUCUUCAGCGGCGGCCCGCCCGUUAACGCUUCGCUAAGGUCCUGGUGGAUGUCAGGGAUGACGGCUUGGGCCACACUCAUCAAUGUAUUUGCGGAGUACGGUGUCCAGAAAGUUGCACAGUCCUCACAGGUCCAGAAGUUGCGUACAGUCAACGAAGGACAGUCUGUCCACCAGCAUCUCAUACUCUCCGUGUUGCCAAUCCUUCUCUUCUUGCCCAUGACUUACUGAUUUUGUCUCUUUCACGCUCCUUGAAUUCUAUCGUGUUUGGCAAUCUCUCCCGUCAUGGUGCGUCUGCGAGAGAUACCGCGCACCGCCGCGUUCGCGUGGUCUCCUGAUGCCACAGCACCUUGGAUUGCGACUGGAACAAAAUCUGGGGCUGUCGACGUCGAUUUCAGUAACGAGACCUGUCUGGAGCUGUGGGAUCUCGACCUUGACAAUGCUCAACAAGGCCAGGAGUUGCAGCCUUCUGUGACACUUCCAACUGAAUCAGGCUUCCACGACCUCGCCUGGACACCCGCAGAAGAAGGACGCAAGAGAGGGAUAAUUGCAGGCGCCUUUGACAGUGGGUCUUUGGGUCUAUGGGAUGCGGAACAGCUCGUCACGAACGCCGUAGGAGCAAGCCUGUUUGACAAGAAGAUACAUACAGGUGCUAUUAAGGCACUGCAAUUCAACCCAAAGAUACCGAACUUCCUCGCGACCGGUGGCUCAAAAGGUGAACUGUUCAUCUCAGACUUGAAUCAUCUCGACUCUCCUAUACGGCUCGGAAGCACAGCCGCCCGUGCGGAUGACAUCGAUUGCUUGGACUGGAACAAGAAAGUGUCCAACAUCCUAGUUACAGGCAGCAGUGGAGGUUUUGUGACAGUAUGGGACAUGAAGACGAGGAAAGAGAGCUUGACGCUCAACAACUACCAGCGGAAACCCGCAAGUGCUAUUGCUUGGGAUCCCGAAAAGCCUACACGACUGAUUACUGCUGUACCAUUGGAACAAGAGCCAGUCAUAUUGGUUUGGGAUCUAAGGAACUCGAAUGCCCCCGAAAAGAUCCUACGAGGACACGAGUCCGGAGUUUUGUCUUUGUCCUGGUGCCCACAGGAUCAUGAUCUUCUGCUAUCAGCUGGCAAAGACAACAGGACCAUGCUAUGGAAUCCUCAGACGGGUCAGGCUUAUGGAGAGUAUCCUGUUGUGACCAACUGGACAUUCCAGACGAGGUGGAAUCCGCACAACCCAAACAUGUUUGCCACUGCAUCUUUCGACGGCAAGGUUCAGAUACAGUCAGUUCAGAACACAAACCCAAGCAGCGAGCAAACAACACAGAGCCAGGCUGCGGACGGCGAAGACUUUUUCUCGCAAGUCCAGACACAGCCUCAAGCAUCUUCCUUUUCGCUUUCCAAAGCUCCUAGAUGGCUUGAGCGGCCGGUUUCCGUCUCUUUCGGAUUUGGUGGCAGGAUUAUCAGUGUUCGUCAAGCUGACCCUGGCAAGUCAAGAGCCUCCAAGGUCAGCAUCAGCAAAUUUGAGGUCGACUCCAGUGUUGGUGACGCAACAGAAAGCUUCGAGAAGGCUAUUCAGUCUGGUGAUGUAACUUCAUUAUGCGAGGAGAGAAUCGAGUCCGCCAAAACAGAUGCCGAGCGAGCAGAUUGGAAGAUCAUUGAAACGUUGGUGUCAAAGAACCCCAGGGCACAAAUUGUCAAAUAUCUCGGCUUCGAAGAUACUCCAGAAGAAGCAACGAACGGGGUCAAACAGCAGAACCAGGCUGAUGACGAGUCAGGAGAACAGACAGAAUCAGUCAACGGUGCCUCAAGACACCGACGCUUUGGAUCGAUUUGGGCCGGCUCGGCCGAUGGAGACUUCCUGUCUGAACUCGCGGCGACUAAGGUUUCAAGGACAAACAAUCCCUUCCAGAUAUAUACCGGCUCGGAAUCUGAAAGCGACAAGAAGAUCACACGAGCUUUGACGUUGGGACAGUUCGAUAAAGCUUUGGAUGUAUGCCUCCAGGAGGACAGAAUGUCUGAUGCCUUUAUGAUCGCCAUUUGUGGAGGUGAAUCUUGCAUCAAGAAGGCCCAAGAAGCAUACUUUGCAAAACAGUCAGGCGGGCCCAAUUACCUUCGCCUUCUCGCAUCCAUUGUUGGCAAGAAUCUUUGGGACACCGUCCAUAACGCCGAUCUGUCUAAUUGGAAAGAGGUCAUGGCUACUUUGUGCACGUUUGCAGACGAGCAGGAAUUUCCCGACCUAUGCGAAGCGCUUGGAGACAGAAUUGAAGAGCAGGCAGACGAGCAGUCUUCAGUGGCUCGAAAGGACGCAACCUUCUGCUUCUUGGCUGGCUCCAAGUUGGAGAAGGUGGUCGCUAUCUGGAUUCAAGAGCUUAAAGAGCAUGAAGAAGCCGGAGCCACAGACGCAAACGCGUCGUCUGCAUUCUCAUUGCAUGCUCAUGGUCUUCAAGAUUUCAUCGAGAAGGUCACAAUCUUCAGGAAGGUUGUGAACUUCCAAGACAGGGACCUAUCAAAGACUGGAGACUGGAAGCUCGAAGCACUGUACAGCAAAUAUCUAGAAUAUGCUGAUAUCGUGGCUGGGUCAGGCCAGUUGGACGUGGCACAACGAUACUUGGACCUGCUGCCUGCAAGCUAUCCAGGAGCAGAUGUUGCAAGGAGCCGGAUCCAGCAGGCGAGGAAGAAGCCCGUGGCCCCGUCUGCGAAGGUUCAAACAACUUCGACACCGUCAAGAAAUAAGCCACUACCUGGCAUGUCUGCCUUCCAACCACCAACGAACACAUUCACGCCACCAGCCCCGCAAGCACCUACACAGUUCAUCAGCAGUCCUCAGGCGCCGACGCCGUUCGGUGGUGCUCCGGCGCAACCAGCUAACCCGUACGCGCCUCCCGCAGCUGCUGGAGCGCCUGUGAAUCCGUAUGCUCCAGCUGGUGGAUAUCAACCUCCACAGCAAAUGCGUGUGCCACAAGGUCCUCCGCAGGGUUAUGGCUAUCCUCAAGCCAAUCCGUUCCCUCCUCCUCCACGAUUCACACAGUCUCCUGCCGUACCUCCGCCGUCCCAGGACAAGAACAUGUCCAACUGGAACGAUAUUCCUGAAGGAUUUGUCAAGCCGCCAACAACAUCCAGGAGAGGCACACCCGGUGUCACGAAUCAGCCUAUUCAGAAUCCAUACAGUCAAGUGCCCGCUCAACAGCCUUCUCCUCCUGUAGCGCCUCCCUUCAGACCCACCCAACGAGCCUCACCUCUGCCGCCACCACCUAAAGGCUCAGCGCCACCACCCAGAGUCACCUCGCCUUUAGUUGGAGGGCCAACGCAAGCACCCUUUGAGCGGCCUGCUUCGGCGGCUAGCAAUGCAUACGCACCUCCUGCUGUAACGUCUCCAUUGACAGGCCCGAACAUCAUGUCACCACCGAUACCCAGGGGUGCAUCUCCUUACAAUGCGCCACCUUCACAUGGACCCUCAGCACCAAGUCGUUAUGCACCCGCGCCAGGUUCACAGCCCAGCGUUGCACCUCAAGGGCGGCCCACUAUUGCGCCACCACCGCAAGGCUCAUCAUUCCAAGCACCAACGCUCGCCAACCCGUAUGCACCAUCCCAGCCGGCACAACAGCCUAGACCAAGUCCAUAUGGCGCUCCAUCGCAAUCUCAAAUACCUCAGCAGUCGGCAGCGCCUCCUUUGCCUACUCCUUCACAGCAAUUUAUCUCCGGGCCUCCUCCAAGCAGCGGCCCACCUCAGCAAGCAGGGCAAGGUGGUGAGCCUGCUGGUCCUCCAAAGCAGGCAGCGCCGCCGCCAGCACGCAAGCCUCCUAAGGGUGACCGUACUCACAUUCCGUCAUCAGCCCAGCCAAUCUUCCAGAUCUUGUCUGAAGAGAUGGCAAGAGUCAAAGCCCGUGCCCCAGCUUCAUUUGAGCCACAGGUCCGCGAUACGGAAAAACGACUGGACAUCCUAUUCGACCAUCUCAACAACGAAGAUCUGCUGAAGCCAGACACCGUGGCCCAGAUUGUCGGUCUGGCAACGGCACUCCAGAACCGCGACUUCCAAACCGCCAGUGAGAUCCAGAUGGAUGUGCACACAAACAAGGUGGAAGAGUGUGGGAACUGGAUGGUCGGCGUCAAACGGUUGGUCGGCAUGUGUAAAGCUACGCCUUAGGGGGUUUUAGAUAUCUGACUGCAGCAUCGAUGCUAAUUUCGCUGUUGUCGGAUGCUACGCACGAGGACUCUGGACAACGAGAUGCUUUAAUGCAUGUAUGUAGGGCUACCGUGCAUUGACGGAAUAUAGAAGCGAAAAAUGUGUACGACUUAGUGGUAGAUAGAAAUACGAUGAGACCAAGAAAUGCGUCCGACGACA